UCAGGUUCCUGUGUUAGAAUGCACAGAGUCUUGAGAUGAUGUGCGUUGUGUGUUUGGUGUGAAACACAUCUAUCAAUUUGAACAUGAAACCCACUCACUCACUUCCUGCCACUGGUUGACUGUACAAAGUCAAGUCUCUGUGGCCUCGUCCUGUUUAACUCUGCGUUUUGUUUUUCUCUUUUUCGUCACAUGAUCUCUCACUGCGGAGUCCUGCCCGUGGUGGGCGUGGUUUGUUUUAAUAUGAAAUGUAGACACAGAUCUGACAUGAGUCAGUGAUCAAACAUUUUCCCUUCACUGCAACAUGGAAACCCGCAGAAACCGCAGAAGUGUUAAGGAGCAUUUCCUGAGGGACCAACACGUGAAGCUGGAGGAUUUACAGACGGAAGCUCGAGGUUUCGACAACCAAUAUCUCUCCAAAGAAAAUAUUCCAGCAUUCCCUCGACCAGAGAUCCAUGUUUCUCAUCUAAAACACGACACAGACCGGGGUGGACUGAAAGGGAUCCACGAGGAUGGUGGUUUCAGGAGCAAGGACUCUCUGCUGUGGUGGAGUCUGGCUGUGAAACCUGAAGACAUCAUGUCCGCUGAGACCAGACUCCUGGAGGAGACCUACCCAGACCGGACAGAAGAUCAGCGCCAGAGUCAGCAAAGCUUCCUGGGGAGGUUUGCCACCUCACCGGCCUUCCUGGAGACGUCCAGACUGGGCUCGUACCGCUUCACCUUCCCUGUGGAGGAGGUACUGGAGGCCUACAGCCAACAGUUCUGCUCCGGCACUCAACCAGUCUUCCAGGUUUACGAGACUGUCCUAUACAAAAAGGAAGUGAUAGACGGUCGGUUCAUCUGGAGGCCUGAGGCCAUGAGUGAAACACACUGGUUGGAGUUGGUCCAGAACCCAGAAGAAAAACAGAUGGUCGCAGAAGUUGCUCCUGGACGAGACGAGUAUUAUGUGUGGGAUCACAUCGCCAUCGCCCUGUGUGUGCCCGAUGGAGAGGUCCUGAAGUUUGACACCAACAAACUCAGAGGGAACCUCAAGUACUGCAGUCCUGGAGCGCCUCCCCUGGCAGAGUUUGAGGAUUUUGAGGAGUCAGAUGACCUGGUCAGGUCACUGUGGCUGGAAUUCCCUACACCACUGGAAAAAGAGCGCUCCCUGCAGGAGCAGUGAUGAGUGAUUUUAUUGUGUCGUUUGAUUGAUUGAUGUCUUGUGAGGUAGAAAUUUCAUGUAGGACAUUUUACACAUUCUGUGAUUUACUUUUACAAUGUAUUAUUGAUGUUGCUUCAUGGUAGUCUUUGUGGUCGAGAAACAAACAUGAAGAGAAGAAUCUGCCGAGAAUAUAAUGAUAUAGGACGGGAGUGGAAAGCUCACCACCGUUUCGCAGCCACGUGAGCGCGCGGUGGUUCAUCGUGUGAGGAACGCAAACUGAUGACAUGUAAGUUGACUUUUAUCCUCCAGUUACUCCUCUGAAGAACUUCCUCACAUCGUUUAUGAGAUCAGGACGAGACGAACGCUUCAGAAGAACAUCUACACACACUGGACACACAUCAAGCUUCAUGUCUUCUCGAUUUUGUUCUGUUUUUGUGGCAAUAAAGUGUUUGUGUUAAUGAAGUUUGUGUACUAAUAAA